AGCUGACACAUUCCAUUCUGACGCAAAUUGGUUAUAACAGUAUUAAUUGUAUUGUUGCAAUGAAAGCAUAGCAGUUCGAUAUAUACUGUCAUCUCUCUUAUAUGGCGAUAGAAUACAUCGUUCAAGGAAGAGGGUGACAACCUUGUUAUGUAUUUCUGGCAGGAAAAAAAAUCGGUUUCGGAUUUCUUAAUUCUUCAAAUCCAAUCAGCAAAGCGAAAGACAUUGCAAUUUCAUACAAGCAGAGACUGAUAUGAUCUUGAGUAACAAAGACAGAAUUUCAUAGGAUCUACAGUCCUAACCACUCCUUGGCAGGUAGAGGAAACAGUUUGGAAACCAUGGUUCAGUGUACCAACUGUACAACGGAAGUCCAAGAAAGAGAGUAUGAUUUAGAACCAUUCGUGUUCAUCGUCCUCUUGACAGGGCUAAUCUGCACGGGUCUCAAUGUGCUGGUGUUUUCUAUAUUCUUGAUUAACAGGAAAUUGAGACAAAAUCCUUACCACUUUUUGGUUCUUCUCCUAUCAUUUUGCGAUCUUCUUGUCGGGCUUGGGUUCAUCGUGUAUGCGAUUCGAAAGCUAGAUGAAGUGCUGAUACACUCCAAAGUUCUAUGUAUCGUACAGAUGGUCCUGUUCACUAACGGGAUACUUUUGUCACUCUUCCAGACAUUUCUGAUUAGUCUACAGCGGUACCUGGUUAUCUGCAAGACAUCGUGGAGUAAUUUACUGUUUCAGAACAGUCGAAAGUAUAUUGUAUGUAUUUUGAAUUGGAUGAUUAUUUUCAUUUUUACGGUUGGGUUGAUCUCUCCUCCAAAGGAUGACAAAGGAAACAAGGAAAUGGUAUGCAAUGUCCAAUAUGUGUACAACAGAAAUCAAAUCAUUUUAGAAGUUUUUGCUAGGUCGUCCGUUGUUUUCCUUGUCAUGACUGUCGUUCUUUAUUGCAUCACCAUUAGUCACGUGGUGAAAAUGAACAAAAAAAUAGUUCCAAAGAACACCAGUGCAAGUUUACGCCAAGACGUGCCUCGUUCCCAACAAGUUGCUAGUAACAGCAGCAUGGUUCAACAACAUAGACAGGUAAGGAUAGCCUGGGAGUCUAAGAAUAAUCAUCUGCCGCAAAAGGAAACUUCAACUUGUAAAGUCUCACAAGUUCCCAGGAAAUCUGUCUCGUCGCAGGCCAUUGAACACGAGCAAAUCACGAUCCUAAGAAAAAGAAAAAUCAUGAACACCAUUGUUUUGGUGGGAAUACUGAUGGGAUUUUUGGUUUUUUUAUCGGGUCCUUUGAUUAUCUCCCUUGUUGUUCCGUAUGUUCCUCCUCUUUACCUGAUAGUUGCCUCAGUUCUAUGUUGCCUGAAUUCUUUGGUGAACCCAUUCAUAUAUUGUUGGAAAUUGCCCGACUUAAGAGAGGCCUUGAAAUCAUUUUUUGGAAAGGUUUUCUGUUGUUUAUGAGUGCUAUUUGCAUUUUCAUUCUGCUAUAUGUAUUGGACAUUAGUAAGAACGUGAACUCGAGUGUUUGGGGUACUAUAGUCUGUCCCAAGUUAUUGCUUCCAUCAAUUUUUGAUGAUUUUUAAUAAAAAUACACAUACUUGUGAAAGAAAUACAAUUGAAAUCGAUGAAAGGGAAUAUAUCCAAGAUAUCCUCAUUGAACAAUUAUCCCUUUUCACUCAUAAGAUUUCACAGGAACGAAAACAAUUUUCUUACGGAGAUUCAUAAUGGGAAAUGUUUACAUCUUUUCUCCAUUCGGAAUACACUCGGAAUACAUCGCGCAAUUUUUAACGUUAUCAUCCGGGCUUAAUAAUGGCUGAUGCAAUGCAAAAUCUCCGUAGACUUUCAAUUUUGGGAUGUGUAUUGAAACCUGAAGCGGUAGAGGGGGCAUUUCAAAACAGAUAAUCUGGACAUUUUUCAUAUUAGUGGAUGAACGUUGUUUGAGCACAAAGGUAUUUACUAUUAUUGGAAUAUCAAGCAAAAAGUGGUGGAAGCAAAAACUCGGGACAGAGUAUAGUACUUCAUCUACUGUGGGUUUUUUUCAUUUCGUUUUAUUAAUACCAAGAUAUCGUCAUUUAUUUUAAGAGACUAUCGCCAAACGCUGGCUGCAGAAGUUCGAAAAACACAGCUUUUCGCACAUUUAAGUUGCUUAUCUUUAUGAAUGUAUUUUAUUUAUAUUUUUUUUUUGUGUGUGUACACAUGUCGAAUUUUUUCAGACGCCCAUAAUUUAAUGAAAUUAAUCAUAAACAAGUAAAUACUUUAUGUAUAUGCACGGUGAUGUGUGAAAUUUAUGAAAUGAUUAAAGAUAGAUAAAUUAUUUCUGAAUUUGUCAUAUUAUAAUCAUCAGUACUAUAGUUCUUGGCAAACAACAUUUCCAAAGCAUAUUAAUGUUACAUAUACGUGUUUAUUGUUUACAAACGUACUAAUCAUUGCGAAUUAGUAAAUACCUUUUGUUAUUUACCGGAACCUGAGAACAGAUGUACAUGAUUUAUUUGUCCUAUGUCUUUUGAAAUGUUCACUAACUGCGACUGUUACUCAAUGACAACGUCGGGUAUGACGUACAUGAAAAAGGAACAGAACAUCCAGGACAAAGCAAUAUAAUGAGGAAGGUGGUGUUUCGAUCAGUUAAGGAGGCUGUAUGGACAACAAAUCGCCCAUCAGAUCUACUCUACCUUUAUAUUUUUCAUAUGACUUUUAACCUACACCUCAUGAUUAGAGAAGAAGAAUUGAGUAUUUUCCUCUUAGUAUAACGCUCUCACGUAGAGCUUUGAUUUAGACCAAUUUAAACCAACUGAAAAAGGUCAUGGCCAUACAACCCUCUUAAAGACAAAUUUCAUAGAGAUAUCUUUGUUGCAAAAUAUUAUUUGUAUAAAUCUCCCCUUUUUUAAAAAUUAAGGAUUUAUUUCAAACAAAUGUAUAUCUACUACAGCGUUCAUUUGUAUGUUUGUAAUUCCCCCACAAACGCACUGAUUUCUGUUCAUUGUCUUGUCUUGAAACUUCAAAGAAAAUAAAAUGUAC